AUGUUCGAGGACAUAAGAUGUUGGGCAAUACAGAGGUUAUGGAUGCAGAAGCAAAAUGGUUUGAGUUGGGAUUUGGACAUAGGCCCAAGUACCAUAAUGGAGAUAGAGGAUUUGAAAGAAUUGCAAAGGGCAGACAUUCCUCUAAGAUGUACCAUUUGCCACCAAACUGGCCACAACAAAGCCACAUGCCCAAGUAAGCCAACUCCAGCUCCAAGCACAAUAGGUCCAAGUCAAUCAACUCCAGCUUCAAGCACAGCAGGUCCAAGUCAAUCAACUCCAGCUCCUGUCAAGAGAACUCCUGUGAAGAAGGCUCCUGUGAAGAGAAGUCAUAUGAAGAAGGUUCCUUUGAAUGAUGCUGGUAGGGCGGGAGAUUUCCAAAUUCAAAUUUUCCAAAUACUUUAUUCAUAUUUUUAUUGGAUUGGUCGUGCCCCACCCGACCAUCCUUUUGCUUUCUAUAUUCGCUCUGCGUCACCACACCAUAACCACUAUCCUUCCUCAAAGGAUUUUGUCGAAUCUGAGAAAUCGAAGCGAUAAUGGGUCAGAUCCAGUACUCCGAGAAAUACUUUGAUGAUACCUUCGAGUAUAGGCAUGUGGUUCUUCCUCCGGAGGUUGCAAAGCUUCUUCCGAAGAAUCGUCUUCUUGCUGAAGGUGAGUGGCGUGCAAUAGGAGUGCAACAGAGUCGAGGAUGGGUGCACUAUGCAGUUCAUCGACCAGAGCCACACAUCAUGCUCUUCAGGAGGCCUCUUAAUUUCCAGCAGAAUCAAGAAACCCAAGCUUAAUAUUUUUAAUAUAUACUAAAAUCUUAUUUGGAUUCGAUUGUCAUAUUUUAAG